AUGUUCGCCUACAUCUGUGCCACGGCCCAAGAGUUUAUAGGGGGUGUGCACUUCGGUCCCGACAACCGCGUCGUUUCUGUAAACACCUCGGAAUAUCCCUCACUCUCGGGCAUUCAAUGUGGAAUGGUUCUUACAUCCAUCAAUGGGACGCGUGUUGGGCAGUCCGAAGAGGAGAAGUUACGAUGGAAAUGUGCCGCUGGUGAGCUGAUGUUAGUGUUCAACUCUAGGGCCCCGGGACAGCACGACGAGCUGGACCUGAGCUCUGCUGAGGAAGACGAAAAUUUGUUGGACAGCCAGAAGACGCUGCUUUCACCAAACUUGGAGUGUGAUGAAAUCGUUUUCGGCCAGCGUAAGAGUGUGGACGUACUUAUUGAUGCAGUGGGGCGCACCGGGCCUGGCGGGUGCAUUAUCAUCAUGAGUGAAGGUGUUAACCCCUCCUAUGCUCUUACGGUAGCUGCUGAGCAGUCAUCGCGGACCACAAUGUACAUCAACGCAGUUGCGCGGCUCAAGACACGCCAACCUCUCACUCGAGCAGGUGAAGAUUUUCUCAAGUCCCUUAGGAAGGGACUGUGGAUUUAUAUCGAACAGGCAUCAAAAUCCAUGUCGCUUCUUUACACCCUGGCCGAAAGCAUCGAGGAGGCGAGGAGGAGUGCUACCAUCGACGCCAAUGCACGUGUUUUCCUCAUGUGUGAGCCACAUCCUCACUUUCCGGAGGCAUUGCUUGAGGGGGCUGUAACACUCCGUAGUUCACUCCGCCCUGGAACGAGUGAGGUCAUGCUGGAGGACAAUCUUCUGGCAAGCGAGCAAAAACUUAGGGCUGUUCGAGGCGGCUCUCUUGUGACAUCCGAUGGGAAGGCAGAAAUCACCAAAGUGAACGCACGCGUUAAGAUUUCCCAUGAAGUUAGCAUUGUUCCUUUAGAGAAGAAUGCCUUUAUGGAACUGAGCCGAAGUGCAACAGCCCCCAUCGAACGAGAGGCCGGCAGGGAGCAGGGCAUAACACGCACUGCCAGGUACACUUUUGGCAAAAAUGAAAAGUUUAUUUCUCUCUGUAGGGUGAAGGAUGGGUGUUAUGCGGUGGGCACUUUGGGGGGAUAUGUGAUCAUGAUAGAUGCAGACGGCUUACCCCUCAUUCAAUUCAGGCCGCACAAAGCGUGUAUAUGGGAUGUCGCUUUCGCUUCACCGCACGACUUCGCCACUGCCUGCGACGACGGCGCCAGCGCCAUUUUAAACUACUCACUGGAGGCACACGAAAUUCGAGCUACUUCUGUGGCUUCAUUUCAGCAAGAAGUCUUUGCGGUAACAUAUGUGACACCUGAUGAACCGGAUAGUGCUGUUGUAUCCGGUGGCCUGAGCGCGACAAUUUGUGUACUGCACUCAGAUCGGCAGGUGAGCUCAUUCAUAUCCGCCGGAAUGACUAUUCAGGCACUGCGCUCCACAAGGCAACGACACGUAAUCGUAGGCGGUGGGAGCGGCGUCUGCGCGUUAAUUGAUCCGGUGGCAUCGACUAUUCUGGAAGAAAGCGGCCGCCACAAAAAAAAGGUACCGGCUGUGGCAAGUUACGGCGCUUUGGGUGUGACAGGGGGUUUUGAUAAAGUGGUUCGGCUUUGGGAUGUUAGGAAUGGACUUCGUAUGGUGACUGAAGUGGCCAUGCCAGAGGUAGUUACAGCAGUUGCAGCUCAUGGGGAGCAUGUUGCUGCCUGUUGUGGCUCUGAUCUGUUCGUGUGGGAUGUUCGCAAUUUAUCCCGCCCGUUGGUACGGAGAGAAAAGGCAUGGAAGGACCUCACCAGGGGUUUGGUUAUGUGUGAUAAUUCAAUUGUUACUGCCUCCGCGGAUGGCGUAACCCGCUUCUGGUCACUCAAUGCAACCAGCGAAUAA